GUCAUUGAGCGUUUCAAGACUGAGGAACAUCAUGAUAGUUGGGUAGAGACAUUAGAAGAGUUUGCUGUGUUAAUACCACAAGGUCUUCCUCACAUCGUGACAUCACAUCCAGAAGCAGUUGACACCUUAGUAGACUGGGCCUUAGAGGGCCUUGACCUAGAAAAGGCCAUGUUACAGCCAAGUACACCAUUCAAAGUCCGCCACUUAAAAAUGGGAGUUAAUCUGACGGGUGCUCUGGCUGUGUGUGACACAUCUGUUGCUCUGAGAUUAUUGAACAAAGGUGUACAGCACAAACUUAUAGACCUCUACCAGAGUCAAUAUAUGUCAGUCUCUGUGAAGCUUCACAUAAUACGCUCUCUGGACCAGACGACACACUUCCAUGAGGGACUGAGAGCAUUUUUAGAACGUGACCAGGCUCAUAUGACGGGUGUUAGUGGCUAUCAGAGACUACUAGAGAUCAUGUUAUCCAAGCAGGAUUUUCGCACCAUGGUUGCAAUGAGUGCACUCAUUCAGAAGAUG